UACUUAGCUCAAGGAAGAGCCAUCAGGUGCGUUGUCACUCUGUUCGACAGUAUAGAAGAUUUGGUGACUGAAAACGACAGAAGAUAUGAGGACGAUGGUGAUGAGGAUGCUACUCUGGAUCAGAACCGACUACAGGCGGGGUACAGUGCCCUAGUGGGAGCCUUGCCUUGGCUUGUGAAAAAGGCGACGGAAAUGGAUUAUGACGACUAUGCCUGUUUGAUAAAAAUGCUUAGGCAGGGGGCCGACAGUGCUCGGGGAGAUGAUAUGGCAAAGCUUAAAACACUAGUUUCAGACUGGGUCAACUCAGAGCUGAGGCCAAAUCCCCCAGUUGAGUCUGACGACAAACACUAUUGUGGAUUUGUCAAUGACACGUGUGGGAGGCUACUAUGCCCUACUGAACUUGACUGGAGAAACCCUGUGGUAAAGGCAGGGAUUCGAGAUCAUUCAGAGGGUUAUACUGUGACCGAUCUUUCCUUUCCAGCCUUUGUGUAUGAAAAGUAUGUUGCCAACCCUGACAAUCUGGAGGAAGGUAUCUUCAAGGGUAAAAUUCUGGUACAGGCUUACAAGGCUGUGUUCACGUCUCCCUCCUCAGCAAAGGAUGUAGAGGGCGAUGGUGAUGGCACGGAUGUCAUCGAGAACAACCGACGCGCUAAGAGAGCGUUCUCAGCAAUCAAAGUCAAGAAGCACGUGCGAUUCGCGCUUUCUUCCAUCACCUCAUGGAGGUCGGUGGAUGGUGACUUCGACUACAUCCAAUUCUGGAAGACAGUGGUGGACUUCUUUGAACGCGCUCCAGGUCGAGAAUCACAGCGCAGGGUCAAGCGACUCCUGGAGUGGUGGACAAGAAAAGUUUUUGGAAGAAAUUGUCGUGAAGAACUUAGCAGCACGGCAAAGGCCAAUCUGUCUGUGAACAUGCUUGCUAGGCAGCGGGCGCAGCUCGAUGAAGCUGCUUUCGAUUCUGACUAG